UGAGGACUACUUAAGCAAAGCCUACUAUUAUGUUCUUUCCAGUCGUUACAAAAUACUAACGCAAAAUGAAAUUCAAGUCUAGUGUGAUUUAUUUUUUAAUGAGCUUUUCUAUGGGAUAUUGCAUAACGCUCCCACCUGAACUACAAGAAUAUGUGGAUGACCUACAUAAAAUCUGCGUAGGAAAAACUGGCAUAUCAGAGAGUGACCAUUCAGCAUAUGACAUCCAGAAAAAUCCUCACGAUCCGAAGCUUAUGUGUUACAUGAAGUGCUUGAUGCUGGAAGCCAAAUGGAUGGGCGCAGAUGGAACCAUCCAAUAUGAUUUCAUCAUUGACACAGCACAUCCUCAGAUCAAAGAUCUACUUGUAGCUGCGAUAAGCAAAUGCAGGGUGAUUGACGCUGGGGCGGAUCUGUGUGAGAAAGCUUCAAACUUCAACAUGUGCAUGUAUAAAGCUGACCCAGUUAACUGGUUCCUAAUUUGAGGAGUGAAGGUUUAUUGAAGGAAGAAACACUAUCACUAUCAUCUUGGUUGCAGCUGUUCUUAAUUUAUACAAAUUUUUAAUAAAGCCACAUCAGCAGAGCAAUUGUUGACAUGUUACAAAUACUUACCUAGGUUCAGUAUACUUGGCUUUUAUUAAUGUGUUAAUAUUUUUUUUGAGAACCAUCC